GGCGGCACUGAUCUAUUUGAAAUGGCGACAACCAACAAAAGAUAUUAUCCUCAGUCAACUGGCUUGCUCAUCAGUGCUAACAGUGAUUGCGUUUGCGGUCGCAUUUCUGCCCAGGAAACUGCUGCAUCGAAAGCGUCCCAAUCGUAUUAUUCACAGUACUCAGAAUCAGAAUCGUCCACGAGCCACAAGAGAGGGCACACCGUCACGUGAGUUGGGCAGUUUAUUGGAUGGUCUUCAUUUGGGCGAUUCCGGAGGAAGAGAACAGUCACAGAUGAAUGCAGGUCAAGAUCAUAGUCCACCACUCUCAUCGGUUUCCUCUUGUACAACAUCGUUGAGACGAAGACGGGGACCAUUCGACUCAAUGAAACGUCCCGUGCUGGCACCACCACGUUUCCGUCUCGGUAAUCAGCAACCGUCGAUGUCGCAGUAUUCUGCGUCGAAUCCAUUCAUGUCGUCAUCA